AUGACCAUGCCCUCUGAAUUCCAUUCCCAGCCCCUGAGCACAAUCCUACUCCUGCUCGUCCUCCUUUCAACAGCAUCUCACAUGAUCCUGGAGGCUGUUGCUUCUGAGCAAGAUGAGCAGCAGCCAAUCACACUUCCGGGUUGCCCUGACAAGUGCGGCAAUAUAAGCAUUCCCUACCCAUUCGGCAUGAAGCCUGGCUGCUUCCGCGAGGGCUUCCAGGUCACCUGCAACGACUCCUUCUAUCCCCAUCGCGCCUACCUUGCCUACGACGGAGUAUUCCAGCGGAUUAAUGAGAUUUACUUCAGGGCGCAGAAAGGGUUGUGCCAGCGUAAUCGUGUUUGGAAUAGAACACGGGAAGAUACGGCCUUGGAGCUCAUCGAUAUAUCAGUUGCAAAGGGUGAGGCGCGCGCAUACGCCGCAAUCUCAUCUCGCUGCAGCGCAAACCAUACCGACUCCUUAAGCAAAUCUCUACGGAUGCGGUUGGGAGAAAAGAUGAGCCCGUUUGUCGUGUCGGUGACACGCAAUGUUCUCAUCGGCGUAGGCUGGAGAGUCCAGCCUAAGAUGAAUAGCUACUUGUGGUCAGCGUUGGCGUCAGACGCGGUGUCGGCGCAUGGAUAUUCAUCGAAUGAACUCACUAUUUCCUGCCUUUCAUACCUCAUGCGCAUGCCGCAGUUCCUCAAGUUCGCGACCAACGGGUCGUGCUCGGGGCGGGGCUGCUGUCGGGCUGCCUUGCCCGAAGCGGUUGCACUCACCAGGUUUGCAUUGUGGAUCAGUUUCGAUGAACCAAACACCUUGUUUGUGACCAAUCCAUGCUCCUACGCCAUGGUGGUGGAGAGCACAUGGUAUAACUUCACCACGCCGGACAUGUACGGUUACGAGGAGAUACCCAAGAAAUUCCCAAGGGGCGUCCCCUUGGUAAUCGAUUUCUCCAUCAGGAAUGGUUCAUGUCCAGAGAAAGGCCAGCAUCCACCUCCGGACUAUGCUUGUGUCAGUGGCAACAGCUCAUGUUCAAACGCGACCAGUGGCCUGGGUUAUGUCUGCAAGUGUUGGGACCAUUACGAUGGGAACCCUUACAUCGCCAAUGGAUGCCAAGACAUUGACGAGUGUAAGCUUCGCGAUUUAUAUCCUUGCUCCAGUGACGGGAUCUGCAAAAACACGUUGGGAGGAUAUGCAUGUCCAUGUAAAUCCGGAAUGAAAGGCGAUGGCGUAAAAGGAACCUGCACACAUAUUUUCCCCCAAGCAGCACGGACGAUUUUGGGUGCAACAAGUGGUAUUUUUUUUGGUGGCAGUCUUGUCAUUCCUUAUUUUCCUUCGCAAAGAGAAAAGGAAAAUGAAAGAGUUUUAUGA